CUCAGAACCAGGUGAAGAAAAACCUCUCCUAUUACACAGUGAAGAAGAAAAGACAGUAUGAUGAGAGUGAGCAAUUUCCUUAGAAAAACCAGCAAUUCAAUCCGCGGCCUCCGAUUCUUGAGCCAUCAAGGAGUUAAAGCAAUCGAGGACCACGAUUUGCUUGACAUCUUACGAUCUGAAAUCAACUAUGAGCUCACUUCAGAACCCUCCAAGACUGAUGGAAACGGUUCCCUGGGAGAUUUUGUGAUCGAAUGGGAUUCACCUGAAUCAAAAGAUGUGCUUUUACGAAGGAAAAGCACAUCAGGAGAGGAAGUUGCUGUUUCUGCAUUAUUUGGUGGGCCCAAAGUUGAAGCAGAUGAAGCAAAUAAAGCAGAUCAAGAAUCACCUGUGGCUGCUGAUGUCCAAAUGAAGGUUUGCAUAAGAAAGCCUGGCUUAAGCUCCAUUUUGCAGUUUGAUUGUGAAGUUUACAGCAGAGGCAUGAAGCUUUCAAGAUUUGAUAUUGAGAGUGCCUAUUGCAUUCCCUCAGCAUCUUCUCUGGGCUCUUCUCUAUUUCGAGGCCCCUUAUUCAGUGAAUUGGAUCCUCGGUUACAAGUUGAACUGAAGAAGUAUCUAGCAGCUAAGGGAAUCGACGAAAGCCUUCUGCACUUUCUCCUCUUCCACUUGCGACAGAAAGAGCAAGAUCAGUAUGUUAACUGGCUGGGCAAAUUGGAAUCUGCACUAGCAUAACCAAGUUAGAAAUUUUUAAAUGGUAAUAGGAGCCUAGGAGGUUAGCUGAUAGUAGUUAAAAUUUUUGGCAACAAUCUGAUUCACAUUAUAAUGUGGGGAAAUAUGUAGCCUCGGCCCUUGGUUUUCCAUUCUUCCAUGUCUUCCCUGGCCUUUUUGCUUCCUCAGUUUACCCAUGAUUUGUCAAACAGUGGUUAUUUAACGGAGAUCGAAUUGUUCUUACCUUCAGUACACCUUCAGUCCUGAAAGAAGAUUCCCCCGUUUGAAUUCGACAAAAAAAUGUUUGGGAUGCAGAAAAUAUUGAAUUUCCAUUUCAGUCUCAAACUUUGAAAGCAUAUUGGGUUUUGACAAGUUUAAUGUAUUAGAAACGAAAAGAUUUGAGAAGACUAGUGCUUCCUGUCAAAAAUUAUGUUGAGUUUUAAAAUUUUUAGUACUAAAAUUAGUAGUAUAAAUUUAAAAAUUGAAUGUAAACUUUUUUUUCUUUCUUUUUCUUUUUUUUGCGACAAACUUCUCUGCUUGUUUCAUUUUUUC